CUGAGCAGCGUUUGCACGUGGGUCAUCAUCUGGCGGACAGGAUGGAGACUGCCCCUAAACCUGGUGGAGAUGCCCCGCCCAAGAAGAACAAGCUUCGGGCCAAGAGAAAGAAACCUCGGCGAUACUGGGAGGAAGAAGAGACCGCGCCGACAGCUGCCGGAGCCUCCCUAGGACCCCCUCGUAGCAAGAAGAGGAAGCAGGAGUUCCGUCCGCAGAGACCAAAGAACACUUACAUCCAAAAUAAGUCUCGGGUCUCCAAGAAGCCUCAGAUCCCGAAGAAGCCCCGAGAGCGGAGGAAUCCGGAGCCCCAGCGGACUUUGUCCGGAGCCCAGGACCCAUUCCCAGGCCCCGCCCCAGCUCCUGUAGAGGCGGCGCGGAAGUUCCGUCGUAUUGACAAAUCCAAAAAGCUGUUACAUUCUAAGUCCAAAGCCCGAAGUCGACUUGAAGCAGCUGAAGCUGAGGAAGAGGAAGCCAGUUUGAGAGCUGCUCGUUCUGAGCUGCUGCUUGCGGAGGAGCCCGGGUUUUUAGAAGGGGAGGAUGGCGAGGAUACAGCCAAGAUCCGUCAGACUGACAUUGUGGAGGCUGUGGACAUUGCUAGUGCAGCCAAGCACUUUGACUUGAAUCUAAGGCAGUUUGGACCUUACAGGCUGAAUUACUCUCGAACUGGCAGACACCUGGCUUUAGGAGGCCGUCGGGGUCACGUGGCUGCACUUGACUGGGUGACAAAGAAGCUGAUGUGUGAGAUCAACGUCAUGGAGGCUGUUCGGGACAUUCGAUUUCUGCACUCUGAGGCGCUGCUUGCUGUUGCUCAGAACCGCUGGCUUCACAUCUAUGACAACCAAGGCAUUGAACUUCACUGCAUCCGCCGCUGUGACCGCAUCACACAGCUUGAAUUCCUGCCCUUCCACUUCCUCCUGGCCACAGCUUCAGAGACAGGGUUCCUGACCUACCUGGAUGUGUCAGUGGGGAAGAUCGUGACAGCUUUGAAUGCUCGGGCUGGACGCCUUGAUGUCAUGACUCAAAACCCUUACAAUGCCAUCAUCCAUCUUGGACACAGCAAUGGGACUGUGUCUUUAUGGAGUCCAGCUAUGAAGGAGCCACUGGCUAAGAUUCUCUGUCACCGUGGUGGGGUCCGAGCUAUGGCAGUAGAUUCUACAGGCACGUACAUGGCCACCUCUGGCCUGGACCACCAGCUGAAAAUCUUUGACCUACGUGGGACGUUCCAACCUCUGAGCUCUCGGACUCUACCCCAGGGAGCAGGGCACCUGGCCUUUUCCCAGCGGGGACUACUGGCUGCAGGGAUGGGCGAUGUUGUCAACAUAUGGUCAGGGCAGGGCAAGGGCAGCCCACCCUCUCUGGAAAAGCCCUACCUCACCCACCGACUCUCAGGCCACGUGCAUGGCCUUCAGUUCUGCCCCUUUGAAGACGUGCUGGGGGUAGGCCACAACGGGGGCAUCACCAGCAUGCUGGUCCCUGGGGCUGCUGAGCCCAAUUUUGAUGGCCUGGAGAACAACCCGUACAGGAGCCGGAAGCAGCGCCAGGAGUGGGAGGUGAAGGCCCUGCUGGAGAAGGUACCUGCUGAGCUCAUUUGUCUGGACCCAAGGGCCCUGGCGGAGGUGGAUGUCAUCACUUUGGAACAGGAAAAGAAGGAGCGGAUAGAGAGGCUGGGAUACGACCCUGAGGCUAAGGCUCCCUUCCACCCAAAGCCAAAGCAGAAGGGCCGCAGCUCCACAGCCAGCCUGGUGAAAAGGAAGAGGAAAGUCAUGGAUGAGGAGCACAGGGACAAGGUCCGGCAGAGCCUCAAGCAAAAGCAGCAACAGAAAGAGGACGGGAAGAAGCCCAAACCCACAGGGACCCGGUCAUCUGCCCUGGACAGAUUUAUGCACUAAGCCGGGCCCCAGGGUGGCUUGGAACAAGUUUCUCCCUAAGAUCCUCUUUGGGGAAGUGACUAUUUCC